AUGUUCAGCGAAAGGCUAUGGGUUGUACUGAUGGUGGCUGUGAGCACCGGCGUCUGUGGCGGGGCGAGUCGCGCGCUGAGCAUAUACCAGAAACAGAGGAGUGUGCCGAUGUUCGUGCCGAGGAGUUAUAGACGGUUCAGGAGGGUGCAGUUCUUGGAUGAAGCGGAGAGUAACCAGCCGCUCGGGAAAGGAGAGAUCGACUUGACGGAAAGACAGUCAAGAAUCAAGUUUGAUAAUACUGAUUAUGACGUUACCGAUGACGUGACGGAAUCACCUCUGAAGAUGGAAGGUACAGAGAGGUUCUACCUGCCGGUGUACCCUAAAUUUUACAACGGCAGAUUCAGUCGACCUUACGCGCCGAGCUUUUCGUUCGAGCCUGUAAUUUCGGUACCACCAAGAACAGGGUACUUUCCUAAUAGUGGUUGGAAGGCUCGAAGUCCUCGCGUAGUUUUCCCUUACUCUCCUGACGGUAAUAUCAACUCGGUGUUGACUAAUUCUCACGCGGGACCUAAUUUCAAUGACAAUGUCGUGUUCCGUGAACAAAACUUCGGCACCAGCGACAUCGGAGCCGAGGAACAGACGCUCCAGGACAUCUCAUCACCAGUCAACAAUGACGCGUUCUCUGACAGAGAUGCCAACGAACCACAUCGAGCUCAGAGCAACGAAAUAGAAAGAUUGAAAUACAUUAUAAGAUCGUACGAACGACGGUAUACUUUACAGAAACCAAUGUUUGUUCAAACAGAGUUGACGGAGAGAGUGUUCCAGGAGAACGUGAACAUGAGUCACGUGCUGCCAGAGUUUAGACCGAUAUCAGACGCGCAGAUACAGAAGAUUAACGAUAUUAUUAAAGAAAUAACGAGCACGAACAGAGAUAGUAGAAGAGGGAGAGUUUUGGACAAACCCGACCCUGUGGGGAUAGAGAAUAAGAAAAUUGAGAGGCAGUAUGAGAAGAACUGCCCGCAAGGAGGGACGUGCGAGUUCUUUUUCUAUUGCUGGAUGGUUGGAGGUCUGCUGGACGGUUCUUGCGGCAGCUUGCUCAAGGGCUGCUGUCACAGAGUAGCCAAGUCCGGCAUCCUCGGCGUACAGGACUCCAACAGCUUAGAGUUCACACCCAACGAAGGACUGAGCUAUGGUCCGGUUAUAAACGACGAGAGUUGUGGUGUUGCAGCAAACAAGCAGACAGCACAACGACGUAUAGUUGGCGGUGAUGACGCUGGCUUCGGCACCUUCCCCUGGCAGGCCUACAUCAGGAUAGGAUCCUCAAGGUGUGGAGGGUCCCUUAUAUCUCGUCGUCACGUGGUCACGGCUGGUCACUGUGUAGCGAGGGCUCAGCCUCGACAUGUUCGUGUCACUCUCGGAGACUACGUCAUCAACUCCGCGGCUGAACCCUUCCCAGCUUAUACCUUCGGAGUUAGAUCUAUAAAGGUCCACCCUCUCUUCAAGUUCACACCUCAAGCUGAUCGUUUCGACGUGGCCGUCCUCACUCUGGACAGAAACGUACAAUACAUGCCGCAUAUAGCUCCUAUCUGUCUUCCUGAGCGAGGGUCGGACUUCCUCGGUCAGUACGGCUGGGCGGCGGGCUGGGGAGCCCUGAGUCCUGGCUCGAGACUCCGCCCUCGGACCCUCCAGGCCGUCGACGUGCCCGUCAUAGACAACAGAGUGUGUGAACGAUGGCAUCGAGCUAAUGGUAUCAACGUGGUGAUAUAUCCCGAGAUGCUGUGUGCGGGUUACAGAGGAGGUGGUAAGGACAGUUGUCAAGGAGACAGCGGCGGACCACUCAUGUUGGAGAGAGGUGGUCGAUGGACGCUGGUAGGAGUGGUCUCCGCUGGAUAUUCGUGCGCCUCACGUGGUCAACCGGGCAUCUACCACCGAGUAGCGCACACGGUGGACUGGAUCUCACACGCUACCACACUCACGUAG